GCUGAUCUCACUCACAAUCACUCUCCAUUCUCUCUUUGCUAAUUACUACCAUCCUGACUCAAAACCAGCUUCUCGCCGGAGGUAAUUUCAGUCACCUGAAAAAAUGGUUCUCCUGCCUCGAAACUCGGCCACCUGGAUUCUCUCUCUGAAGGUUUUUUUCGUCUCUGUCGGCGUCCUGUCCAUGGCCGUGGCUCUGAAGCUCUCCGUUCCGGCGAUGGUAGAGUUCGUAGUGAAUGAAGUUCCUGUGAUGUGGAAAUUUCUUGCGUCGUGGCUCAAGCCCCCGUUUCUGUACGUUAUCAUCAACGGCAUCAUCAUCGCUAUCGCCGCUUCUUCAAGGCGCCAACAGAGCGCCCACGAGCAGCUGGAGGCGGUGCCGGUGCCGGUGGCGCUGGCCCCGGUACCGGCGAACUUCUCGGCUGAUCUGCCGAUGGAGAUUCAGCCGACCUAUGAUGUCGUCGAAUGGCCGAUGAUGGGGUGCGAGCAGCGCGAAGCUAGGGUUCUCGAGGUGAAGACUGUGAUAAAUAGUUCGGAGGCAGAAGAUGAAGAUGUGUCUGUGAUCUCGAGGUCGACGUGGACUCCGCCGUCGAGGAGUGAUUCGACGGAGAUUCCGACGGGGUAUCUUUCGCCGGCGGAGAAACCUCCGGUUUCUGCUCGAUUCAAUCACCGGAAAUCAGUUAAAGCCAGUCCAGAAGGUGGAAAAGCUCUGAGGGUGGCGAAGCCGAAACGGCACGAGACGUUAGAAAACACGUGGAAGGCGAUAACGGAGGGGCGUCCGAUGCCGCUGACGCGGCACCUGAAGAAGUCGGACACGUGGGAACAUCACGGCCGUCCGAGCCCCGAGGUGCCUGCGGAGUACGCAUCCCCUCAGAAGGCGAAGAAAUCGGAGACGUUCAAGGACCGGACGAACAACAUGUCGCCGCCGGCGCCGGAGCCCACUCGACUCCGGAAAGAGUCGUCUCUGAGUCAGGAGGAGCUGAACCGGCGAGUGGAAGCGUUCAUAAACAAGUUCAACGAGGAGAUGAGAUUGCAGAGGCAGGAGUCGCUGAAUCAGUACAUGGAGAUGAUCAAUCGUUGAGCCCGUUGAAUUUAAUCUGAGGCGUCGUAUUGAGUUGCAGGAAAAAUGAAAUAUGUUUUUUUUUUUAACCUAAAAAUAUUAAUUUUUACCUUCAAAUUAAAGUUAUGAAGAAGGGUUGGUAGAUGGGUUUUUAUUUUUAUUUUUAUUUUGUUUUAUUUUUUAAAAAUUUUUUAUUGUUGUUGAAUUUCAUGUAUGUGUAGAUGGGUCUGAAGUCUCUGAACAUAUAUAUAUAUAUAUAUUUAUAUAUAUAAACAGAAAGUUCUGUAAAUGAAGAACUUGAGGUGGGUUUUUGUUCAA